AUGCAAAUAACAAUUCCAUUUCCACCACCUCUACAUGAUAAAGAUCUUAUACCUAAACUUAAAAAAGGAAAAAUGCCAUUACGAACGACUAAUCAAUUUUUAUUAUAUCGAACCGCUUUAAUUAAUACUUUACAUAGCAUUGGAUAUGAAGAAUAUAAUAUGAGAAACAUUUCUAAGAUGGCUUCAGAAUUAUGGAAAUUAGAACCGAAUUAUGUACAAGAAGAAUAUAAAAAAUUGGCUAAUAAAGUUAAAAGAAUUUAUCAAGAUAUGGAAAUAAAGAAUAUAGAUACUAAUAAAAUUGAAAAUUGUCAUGAAAAUAAUAAUAGAAAUGAUGUGAAUGAGAAUGAGAACAAAACUGAAUUUUAA